AUGGCGGUGACUGCACCCACUCCCCACACGGCUCAGGAAACGCCGUCUUCUCAACAACUCCACUCCACCGACUCCACCCCUCGUCUAUACUGGUGCUGCGCCCCCGAUCAGCUUCCUCGGCCCCUGUUCCUUACAGAGCCUUACAGAGCCUGUCCGAUCGUCAAGACCCAGACAGCCUAUUCCACUUUCUGUGAUCUCUUCUCAGACUGCGCCAUGCCGUCUACUGAUGGUCUUCAGCCGCCCCUCACCCCCGCCGAGCGGACAAUCGUCAAAAGCUACGGUGGCUGGACUUCGUACAUGCACUCAUUCGGAUUGAAGCCCUGGGACAUGGACGAUAUCGAUGAAGGCAAGAGGAUUGUCGAGGCAUUCGUUCAGGAUGACAACGAUGCUAAGGGCAAAGAUGCUGAGGUCGUCGAAGAUAAAGGAAACAAGAAAUGA